AUGCAUAUUAAAAAAACACAUAUUGUAGGACUUGACUUUGGUACUCAUGGAAUUGGAAUCAGUCAUGCCAAGUUUCCUGAAGGAGAUAAAGAACUAGAGAUCUUUGCAAAAACAAAUUGGAAUGGUAAAGAGUAUGAUAAGACAUUGUCAUUUGUUUUAUUGAACAAGAAUAAAAAGCUUGUAAAAUUGGGAUAUGAAGCAAAGAUAUUUAUUAGUGAUAAUGAUGAAGAUGAUGAUAUUUUCCAAUACUCUGAUUUCAAGAUUUUAUUAUUUGAUAAAGAGAGAAGAGGAAAACCUAUUCCCUCAGAUAAUAAUAAGAAUGAAACAGCAUCGCUUCAUCAAAUUAUUUCAGAGGUUCUAAAGAGUCUGAUGGAAACUGCUAUAAAUGAAUUGGAUUGUAAAUACCAAAACCAGGUACCACUUGAAAAUAUUCAAUGGGUUAUAACAAUUCCAGCUAUUUGGGACAACUAUGCCAAACAAGUCAUGAGAGAAUGUGCAAUCAUGGCUGGACUUAUUCAUGAACAUGAUCAAACGUAUGAACCAGAAGCAGCUGCUUUGGAAUGUAUUUAUGGGAACAAAGGAAUGUAUAAUUUCAAGGAGGGUGACAAGAUUUUGGUUGUUGAUAUUGGUGGUGGAACUGCUGAUUUCGUUGUAUUACAAAUAGAUAAUAAAGAGCUAAAGCAAAUUGUUGCACCUUUUGGGUCAAAUUGGGGUGGUAAAUAUGAAUCUUUGGUUGGAAAAGAUAUUGUUGAUAAAUAUAAAGUGACUCCAAACUUUAUUGAAUUUAUCGAUAGAUUUGAAGAUAUUAAGAAAUCAAUUGAUUCUGAAUCAAACUCAAAAGCGAUAUUCUUAGACCCUAAACUAGUAUUUGAUAUGGAUGAAAAUACUUUCAAAACUAAAAUAUCAAUUUUCAAUACUAAUAGAAGUUCAAAUGUAUCAUAUAACAAUAAUACCAGAAAACUAACAAUUCCAAAGACUGUUUGGAUAAACUUCUUUACACCACUAUUUAAUUCAAUCACUGAUUGUAUUAAAGAUGAAGUAUCUAAAGAUUCAAUCAACAAUAAAUUGGAUUUUGUAUUUUUGAUUGGAGGAUUCAAUCAUAAUCAACUUCUUCGAUCCCAUAUUGAAAAGGAACUUAGUUAUACAAAUGCCAAAAUUAUCAGCUACGUUAGACCAGUCUUGGCAGUGUGUAUCGGUUCAGUUCGAUUUGGAUACAAUCCCAAAGUUAUCACAACACGUUGUCAACCAAUAACCCUUGGCAUUGCUACCUCAGUAAAAUAUGAUUCCGAUGUUCAUAAACUUUCAGAUAUUGUCGAAUUCGACGGUAAAUUAUAUUAUCAGAAGUCCUUUACUAAAUUUGUUGAGUAUCAAGAUUCCACAAACAUCGACGAAGAGUGGACAAAUGAAUUCCCACCACUGACAGAGAAAGUAGAAAACUCUUUGAUAUCUGUCUAUGGAGGUAAACGAAAAAAUAUUAAAUCCACUGUCGAAAAUGGUGUUGAACAUAUUGGUGACCUCGUUGUUGGAAUUGAUAUGUCCGUUCCAUACUCUGAAAGAAAAACUAUGGUAUCAAUGAAACUUGGAUUAACAGAGAUCACAGUUACCGCCAAAUGCAAGACAACCGGUAAGACUGUUAAAUCAGUCUUUAAAUUUAAAGCAUAA